AUGAAGUGCUUCGAGAGCGCACUCGAGGUGGACAGCAAGAUGAACCUCGCCAACAAGAAUCUCGGCGCCAUCUACGGCUCCAUGGGCCGAAUGGCGGACGCCAUUCGCCUCACGAGGGCGGCCAUUGAGUCUAGUCGGCAGGAUGCAGAGGCCUACAAUAAUUUGGCCCUCCUUCUCCGAGAUCAGUGUGACGUCGACGCUUGUCUCGAGAACCUGGACCUUUGCAUCAGUCUGGAGCCGGAGAACCGGCAUGCAGGCUCCAACCGACUCAUGUCUCUGAACUACCAGUCCGAAAGACUUCCAGAAGAGGUCUUUGAGGCGCAUCGAAGCUGGGGCAGGUCCUUGGAGCAGAGGCUCGGGCAGGCCUUCUACCGGUGGGACCAUGCACAGAAGGGAGCCGCUGCUCCUUUACGUGUGGGCUAUGUCUCUCCCGACUUCUACUCGCACUCUGUUUCUUACUUCAUCCAUGCAGCGCUCAAGUAUCAUGAUCCUGCCUUUGUCGACGUUGUAUGCUACAGCGACGUUGUCCAGGAGGAUGACAAAACGCGCCACUUCCGCAGCCUCGUUCCUCGCUGGAGGAACAUCUGCGGCCGCAGAGAUGAAGAGGUCGCCAAGCUCAUUUGGGAAGACGGCAUCGACAUUCUCGUAGACUUGACUGGCCACACCGGCAACAACAGGCUUGGUGUCUUUGCCUGCAAGCCUGCUCCGGUCUGCAUCACUUGGUUGGGCUACCCGCACACGACUGGGCUCUCUCGGAUGGACUACAGAAUUUCCGAUGAGCACGCCGACCCGAAGGAUGCGCCCGGCCUGACCACAGAGAAGCUCCUCUACCUGCCGGAGUGCUUUCUGUGUUACACACCUCCGGAUUCGGCGCCCCCGGUGCUGUUGAAGCCGGCUCAGGAAAACUACGGGUGUGUGACCUUCGGCUGUUUCAACAACUUGGCCAAGGUGAGCACGUUGACCAUCAGACUCUGGAGCAAAGUCCUGCAUGAGGUGCCGGAUGCCAGACUCUUCGUCAAAUCGAAGGCUCUCGCGUGUCCGAAGGUCCAAGAGAAGAUGCGCAGAGCUUUUGCGAUGCAUGGCAUCGCAGCUGCUCGCUUGGAUCUGACAGGAUUGCAACCUCAAACGGGAAGCCACCUGCACAUGUACAGCUUUAUUGAUGUGGCUCUGGAUACAGCGCCGUAUGCUGGAACCACCACGACAUGCGAGGCUCUGUACAUGGGGGUGCCUGUGGUGACUCUGAAGGGUCGAGGCAUCCAUGCACAGAAUGUCGGGGCUUCCUUGCUUUCGGCCGUGCAGCUCAGUGACCUGGUCACAGAGACAGAAGAGGAGUUCGUCAAGCAGGCGGGUGCAUGUGCUCGCAAUGUCGCCCGGCUCGCAGCUUUGCGAGCUGGGCUUCGAACGCGCAUGCAGAGGUCGGUCCUAUGUGACGGUCCGAGACAUGUGGCACGGCUUGAAAGGCUCUAUGCCACCGUGAUGUCAGCCUUGGCCUUUGCAAUCGUGUGCUUCCGACCAUGCGGAAACGCCUGCCGUCGCGGGUCUCUCUGCAGAGGUGCAAUGAGGUCGGACAGCUCGCAGACAAGCCAGCUCCCAGUCGGCAAGCGCGAUGUCAGCAAAACAGGAAUGGAGAAGCCCCGCAAGGCCAUGGCCGAGCAAGCUGCGGCGGGCGCAGCGGAUACGGCAGAUGCUCACCACUCUGAAGCUCUGGUGGAGAGACAGGACCUGCGACAUGACUGGGAAGCGAGGAUUGCCGCAUCGAAUCGACUGCAAGCUUCGAAGGUUAACUCCUUGAUGACUUCUAUCCAGAAGCUGCAGAAAGAAAACCUCUUGCUUCGAAAGCGAGGGCAAGAAGUUAACAGGACCGGCCAGUUUAAGCGCCUCCAAAACGAACUUGGCAGACAGGACGUUAUGAUUGAGGCCUUAAGGUACUGCCUUGGUCCGGAGAAGUCUGAGGAGCUGGCAGCGAAUGCCUUAGAUGCCCUUGUGACCAACGCCGCAGCACAGUGUUCGUCCUGUCACAAGAGUGCAGCUGACCUCUUUCAAGCAGACGGGGAGCUGUUAUGCCAGAGUUGCUACAGUCAUCGCUACUGGCGGGAGCCACCUGCAGAGUUGCGAAGGAAGGUGUCAGAUGUGGUCACAUUUCCUGAAACCAAGGAAGAACUUGAAGCGGCGUGCACUGCGGCUGAACUAGAGAUUGCGAGUGCUAAGCGUGCCUUGAAGACUUCGGAGAGUCACGAGUCUUCCCAAGCGGAGGCCUGGGCCCCGGGGCUACAAACAGCCGCAGCACUGAGCAAUGUGCUUGCAGGGUACGUCCAGCGCGCAGACCAGCUCCAAAAAGAGAACAACUCGCUGGACGUUCACCGGCGUCAGCUAGAAAGUGCGAUCAAGGAGCAGGAGCAGAUUGCCAGGCUCCAGCUUCAUGAGCAAAUAACUGCUUUGCCAACGAGCAAACAUGGUGUUCCAGCAAUCACCGUGGAUGACCUUCAACACCGUCUAAGCAUCAAGAGCGGUGAGGUCGAUCGUUUGGCGAAGAUUGUGAAGGACUUACACCGGCGUCUGUCCAUCCAGAAAUCCAAGCAGAACUCCAUCCUCUCUGAAGGGAAAGGCGUUGCCAGCGCUUUCUCUGAGCUCCAAGAGGACGUGAGCAAGUGGACCAAGUCCACAUCGGAAGCACACGCGGUUCAAAUCGGCAAGCUGAAGGAAGCCAAGGACCAAGUACACCAGCAGCUGGUGAAAGGUCAAGCGCAGCUCCGUGAAGCACAAGGCAAGCUGCGCAAGUCUGUGCAAGGUGUAGCACAGCAAAGGGACCCGCUAGAGCUUGAGGCCAGAGUCAGGGCCCAGGCAGGAAGACUGAUAGAAGCUCUGAAAGGUCUGCAUGGGAGCACCGAUUCUGGCAAGUUCUGGUCAACGGUGCACGCUGAAGCCAGUGACUUCGGACUGGAACCACAGGUUCACGCAGCUUUGAGCCGGCAGGGUUACGGCGUGGAAGCAGGAGAGAAGCCACUAGACAUCGCCGCCCUGAAAGGCGACCUCUACUCUCUGGAGCUAAAGGGCAACGAUCGCGCAACGGCACUCGCCAUGAUCCAAAAGUGGGAAGCUGACCGCAAGAAGAUGCAGGAUGCAUUCCGCACGGAAGCCAAAGAACAGCUCGCGGUGCUGGACCGGGCCCAGAGCGCCAGCGCCUCCGAGCACGCUGCCCUCGAGCUCGCAAAGAGCCAGGCCGAUUCAGCUUUAGCUGCGCAGCGCUUCAGCGGAGAGACGCGAUGCGGUCCCGACCUUGACUUGGAGGGACUUGGGACGGAGCAGCUGGCUAACGUGUCCCAGGUUAACAUCGUGCUUGCCAACACCGUGGCGGAACUGCGCGGCAAGCUCAAGGCCAACGGUCCGAAGAUGUUCCACACGCAAGCGAGAUAG